AUGGCUACAGAAGGAUCCCGGCGGGCGCUUCUGGUCGGCACGGCAGCAGGGAUAACGCUGGCAGCAGGCUUCACCUUUGCAUCUGUGCUUGGCACCGGCCCAGAGCCGUCGCAGAUUGGGAGGCCAGAGGCGCCGUCCCGGGGGUCCAUUCCCGAUGUAUUGGACGUUGACCCCAUCCUCUCGGCAGUGAAGGACAGAUACUCUGGGGAGGUGGUGUCGCUGGUGGUCCGGGGCCCAUCAGGCGACGUGUACGUAGCCGAGAACGACGAGGAUAAGCCCUCCCAGCUGCGCAUUGCCAGGGUGGAUGCACGCGGGGAGAGGCUGGCUCGCUUUGUGCUGAGGACCAAGCUGGAUGCUCUGGACCUGUCCAACCGCCAGCUGAUGCAGAGGAUCUUCCGAUCUCCGGACUGGGAGACCCGCAUGCGGAGAGUGGGCCCAGGCAAGAGCGACAGUUGA